AUGCAAGCCAUGGCUUGGCUGGAGAAGGUUGCGCAUGACGCAGCCCUUGCGCAUAGUAGCAUCACUCAACCGAAUGAUUUACCGGAGCGCAUUGUGGUCCAGAAGAGUCAAGCGACACCGUCAAAGGUGACAAACCCUUCACGUGGAGAGCCUACUGGAAAGGUCGUCGGACAUGGCCACGAUAACGGAAACAUCGCCACCGCAAUGAGCACCAAGCCUAUUUCAGGGUACAUCCAGGACGCACCGGUGAUCACUAACGAUCAGACCAGUCGUCAUUCUCUACGCAUGGAUGGAUCAACGCUCAGUCCAUUGUCAUUCACCGGUGCAGACAUCAUCCACGCUGUACCGAAAAUUAGGAAGACGCACAUCAGCGACUUCUUCUCGCGUAUUGCAAAGACAGAGCCCACAGGAGACACCCCAACGCCAAAGCCAAGGGUCGACAGCCAGACAAUGGAGACCAGGCAAGCGGCUACGAUCACAAACCAACAGAUGGUGUUUCAGGGCGGGCGUCGAGCAAGUCACUGGAUCCGCUACCCGUAG